AUGGCCGACGCCAAUGCGCCGCUGUUCAACAUGUCCUGCUUCGACCUGCUGCUGAUCGAGCUGGUGCCGCUUGCGGAGCGCAUGGCGCGGUCGUACGAAGCGUCGCUCGACCGUCCCUCAGCUCCGCCAUCGACCUCCACAACGGGGGCCGCGGCAAACAAUAGGCGAGCAACAGCGACAGGAGUAGGAGGGCCGAACGGUCUAGCUAACACUGCUGCUUCGACUACCCCUAGUGCAACAACGCCCACAAGCAACACCAACCCCGUGGGCUCGAGCGGCACAGGCACGAAUGCAGCGUCGUCCCCCGGGAGCGGGAACCCGACGGCAGCGACGAGCAACAAUAUCAACCCCGGCGGAGGAGGCCGUGGCGGUGGCGGUGGGCCAGCCUCGACCGCCGGUGGCACAAACAAUCCGCUUGCUGUGAUGGCGCUAGCGGCGGACGGCCUGCCCGAGACCGAAAUCUUUCGGGACAGUGUAUACGUGCGCUUGGAGCGGUUGGGCUUCCGUGUCGGCCAGGGCCUGUGUGAGCGGUUCUCGCGUGACAGGCCGCGCUUCACCGAUCAGCUCGACGUGAUCAAAUUCAUCUGCAAGGAUCUAUGGACUGUAGUGUUCAAGAAGCAGAUUGAUAACUUGAAGACCAAUCACCGGGGCGUUUUUGUCCUCACCGAUAGCAAAUUUCGACCCUUCUCAAGGAUGAGUAUGACAAGUAAUGCUGAGGCCGUUGCACGAGCACAGGCCCACCUCUACUUCCCUUGUGGCAUCGUCAGAGGAGUCUUAUCAAGUCUAGGAAUCAAGGCUACAGUUCAGGCCGAAACUAACGAACUACCAUCUGCGACGUUCCAAAUUAAAACUACACAGGCAAGGCCAUAG